AAACACGAGUUCUUUGUGGACAUGACCUGUGAAGGCUGCUCCAAUGCGGUCACCCGCGUCCUGCACAGGCUGGGAGGUGUCCAGUUUGAUAUUGACCUGCCCAACAAGAAGGUGUGCAUCGACUCAGAGCACAACGUUGAUACCCUACUGGAAACCCUAAAGAAGACUGGAAAGUGUGCUUCCUACCUUGGGGAGAAGUCCGCGCAGUAGCCUUGCCUGGUGUGAGGAGGCUAGGAAUUCAAACAUGACUUCAGCAAAAAAAGAUGGCUUAACUGUUUGCGUAUCUCUCAGCUUGCUCUGUCGUUUGACCUUUACUACCCUGCCAGAUGUCGGAAAGCAGAGGGCUGGCAGGAGGAGACAGCUGCGUCUUGGUCUCCAAAAGCGGAGAAAUCUAGAGGAGGACGUUAUGUGCUGUUUCUAGUCCCACAGUAAAUCAAGGUGCUGCUUCUUUC